AGCUGUUUCAGUUAUUGUCUCCCCCCCAGUUGUGUACACACUGUUUUGACGUUAAAGUUCUGCUGACUUUUUAUUUAUAAACAGAAAAACACGGAGAAACAUGGUGUAAACCGUGAGCCAGCCACCCACACCAACACACGGCCACACACACACCCUGUCCUCGUUGUUGUUGUUCGAUUUUUGCAAUUGCAAAUUGCGAAAAUCGCCCAAGGAGCCCAUAGAUUAUGCACCAAAGUUGCACGCUGCACAGACAUAGAAAUUGAUUCGGAGAGAAGGAAAGCAACCAAGCAAGCAGAGAUACAGAGAGAAAAAAAGAAAGUACUCGGACGGCCUUGGGCGAAAACGGGAGCAGCGAGAGACAACCCAAUUAGGUAGCCCAGGCUGGUGGGUUCAGUAGGUCACUGCCGCACCGUUUUUGCAAGGGGCAGUGGCCCAAGGACAUCCGGGAGGAGGAGGCCCACACCCACAAUCCCCAACACACGGCCCACACCCACUGCACAGGAUAUAGAGACAGCCAUCCGUUUGGCAAUGAGACGGUGCGCUGGCAAUGCGCUCACUUGAAGGCAGUCGUCGUCAGGUCGAGCAGCUGGAGCUGGAAGCCAAGGACCAGGAUCAGGAUCAGGAUAGAAAUACCCGCGAAGGGCAGGCGCUGGAGCAGGCUAACGCACGGCCAUCGAUGGCCAACGAACGCAAGCAGAGCAGUCCCAAAGUGGAGCUAACCAAGCUCAGCCACGAGCUGAUCGAGGAGUGUAAGCGCAGUCUGGAGGAUUCGCUGCUGUCGCGCCACCUGCGCCACGAGCUGGAAAAACUGCCCCGCGAUUCCCGUCGCGAGUUGGUGCGGAAGCAGCGCAAUGGCUGCGCACCUCUCUUCACUGCCUGCAAACGGGGCGCCGUGGUUAUCGCCGAGUAUCUGAUCACUAUCUGCGAGGCGGAUAUUGAGCAACGGGGACACUUCGAGGUGCCGGAGGAUAAUAGCUUUCACUAUGUGUCGCCCCUUUGGGCGGCCGUCGUCUCUGGAAAACUGUCCAUGGUCAAGUAUUUGGUACGGAUCGGGUGCGACAUAAAUGCCACCUCCGAUUCGGGAUCGACGCCCGUAAGGAGUGCCUGCUACAUGACCCACGUUGAUAUCGUCAAGUUCCUGGUGGAGAACGGAGCGGAUAUUAAGCGCCCAAACAUCAACGGUGGCACUUGUCUUAUCAACUCGGUGCAGUCGGUGCAAUUGUGCUUGUAUCUUGUGCGGAAGGGGGCGGACAUUAAUGCCAGGGACAUUCAGGAUAAAACGGCGCUCCAUUAUGCAAUCCAAGAGCACCGGCUGGACACCACAAAGAUGUUAAUCGAACAAGGUGCCGAUCCGUAUGCCAAGAGUCGGUACGGAGACGAUGCCCUUCGCACUGCCUGCUUAAAGGGAGCUCAUCAGAUCUUCGACUACCUGAAGAAGGAACUGAAUUAUUUGCCUGCAAGGUUGGCGGAGGCCCACGAACUGAUGGGAUCGACGUUCCUGGACGAGCAUAACGAGUCGCGGGUGUGUAUCCUGCACUGGCGCAUGGCGCAUCACAUCCGGGCAGCGUAUUCGACGUAUAUUGAGAAAAAGCCGCAGGUACCUCUACGCACUGCCUACGAAAACGCAGUGGAGUUUAGUACGCUGGAGGAACUGGACAAUAUUGCCACCGAUAUGGAUGCGAUGCGGACACAGAGCCUGCUUAUUUGCGAGCGGGUUCUGGGUCUGACCCAUAAGGAUAUGCUAUUUCGGUUAACUUUUAGGGGCGCUUCAUAUGCGGAUUCGCUUCAGCUUCAGCGAUGUAUUGAUCUGUGGAGAUUCCUGCUCGAGGUGCGAGUAUCCAAUUGGUCCAUCCUGCACUUUGAGACUUGUUUCGCGGCGCAGGCGCUGGUGCGUCUGAUGCUGGACUUGCAUGUCCAAAACUCGAGCCACAUUAGAAGCGAUGCGAGAGCCAGGUUUGUGCACCAAGAUAAUGUUCUGCCCAGAUUCGAGGAUGUGCUCGGAGUGUUUCGGACACUGGCGGAAAGCGCCAUUGUGGUGAAGCAUCUGCUCCUCUUGAGGCCUGUGUUCAGGAGGCAGCAGGAGAACUACGAUCGUGUGAUGAGAUGUCUGGCCCACCUCAUCUAUCUGCUGAUCAAUACCGUCCACACAGAGGCGCAGAACAAGCUCAUCUGCCAAACAGUCCACGAGACGGUGGUGGUGGGCAACCUUCGCAGCGCCAGCACCGCCGACACAAUGCUUCACCUCUGCGCCUCGCGUCUGAACGUCAUCAAAAGCGGCUACAUCACUGACGACAACUUUGCCGAUAAGACUGUGUUCCCCAACGCCGAUGUUAUUAAGCUGCUUAUCCAGUGCGGCGUCGAUGUGAACAUUAAGAACGAAGCCAAAUCCACGCCCCUGCAUGUGGCCUGCCAGCCGUAUAACUAUGACAAUGAGAUUGUUCAUCUGUUGCUCAAGUGCGGAGCGGACAUCGAUCAGCCGAAUCGCGCCGACAAGCGGCCCUACGAUUUAAUAGCCUCAAAUCCCACCAGCACCAUUCCGCUGCUCAACUUUGUGUCGCUGCAGUGCUUGGCGGCGACGGCGAUCAGCAAACACCGGAUACCCUACCACAAUCAGCUGCACAGGCAGCUGGAGAAGUUCGUCCGGAGUCACGAACCCUGAGGAGGUAGCUUAACCGGAAACAGAAGCUGAACCGGAGCCGUGAAGCGUGCUUAAUGUCUAUGUCUUAUGUCAAAAUUAAAGGCUUUUCAACCCAUGUUGAUUUCCCCCUUUUCGGAAGUUUCAAAAUUUAACCAGUGUCGGUAACUUUGUCUCGCUCUAUAUAUUAAAUACAUAUUUACAGAUAUCUA